AUGUUCCCAGCGUGGAGACGGGGAAGACGCACCGGGGGCUCAACGGUGCCGCCGGGGACCAUGGUUACAGCUGGACAGACUGGACAGGUCGGACAGGUGUGGGUCUCCUGUUGGAUUCUGCUUUCAGCGACGUGUAUCCUCAGCGCUCAGGCUCAAGUUGAUGAUGUCCCACCUUAUUUUAAGAUGGAGCCUCCUCAGACCCAGGUUCAUCUGGAGGGGAACCGCCUCGUGCUUACCUGCAUGGCUGAGGGCAGCUGGCCCCUGGAAUUCAAAUGGAUCUACAAUGGUACUGAACUCACACGUUUCUCCUUGGAAUACAGGUACCUGAUGCCUUCGCUGGACCAAUCACAUGCUGGACACUACCGCUGCAUUGUGAGAAACCGAGUGGGUGCUAUAAUGCAGUGCAGUACUGAAGUGCAGGUUGCCUAUAUGGGUGCUUUUGUGGAAGGUGAGAGGUCUCAAACUGUAUCCCAGGGUGAAGGUGCUCUCAUCCAGGCACCACGGAUACACAGCUUCCCUAGGCCACAGAUCACCUGGUUCAGAGAUGGGCGUAAGAUUCCCUCCAGUAGCCGUAUUGCCAUCACCUUGGAUAACACGCUGGUCAUCCUGUCCACGGUGGCCCCUGAUGCGGGACGCUACUACACCCAGGCAGUCAAUGACAAGAACGGGGAGAAUAAAACCAGCCAGCCCGUCACACUCACAGUGGAGAAUGUGGGAGGACCUGCAGACCCCAUCGCUCCCUCUAUCAUCGUCUCCCCGAAGAACACCAGUGUAACCGUGGGGAGAAACGAAGCUAUUAUGGAGUGCGUUGCGAAUGCGAGACCCCUUGUCAAAAUGAGUAUUACUUGGAGGAAAGAUGGGGUAGUGGUCAACACAGGGAUCCGAGAUUUUGGCCGUAGAUUGGUCAUCAGUUUGCCUGCAGUCAGUGAUAGUGGCUACUACGAGUGUGAGGCUUCACUCCGUAGUAGCAGCGUGCCGUCAGUCACUGCUGGGGCCUUCCUGCAUGUUCUCGAGUAUCCUCUGUUUGUAAAAGAACCUCCAAGUCACAUUAGUGCAGAGAUGGAAAAGGUGGUGGAUAUCCCCUGUCAGGCACGAGGCACACCACAGCCAGACAUAGUAUGGUAUAAAGAUGCAGUGCCCAUCAGCCCGGUGAAGAUCCCCAGGUACAGGGUUUUGGUAGGAGGCAGUCUACAGAUCAACGGUCUUCUGCCAGAUGACACAGGGAUGUUUCAGUGCUUUGCCCGCAAUCUCGCAGGAGAGAUCCAGACAAACACCUACCUAGCUGUUACUAGUAUCGCUCCCAACAUCACCGCUGGCCCCGCUGACAGCGCAGUGAUUGACAGCAUGUCAGUCAUUCUGCACUGUGAGACCUCAGGAGCCCCAAGGCCAGCCAUCACAUGGCAGAAAGGGGAACGUGUCUUGGCCAGUGGGUCAGUCCAGCUGCCCAGGUUCACCCUGCUGGAGUCAGGCAGCCUGCUAAUCAGCCCCUCCCACCUGUCUGAUGCUGGUACUUAUACCUGUAUGGCCAGUAACUCCAGAGGCAUUGAUGAAGCUUCAGCCGACCUACUGGUCUGGGCACGUACUCGCAUCACUAAGCCACCACAAGACCAGAGUGUCAUCAAAGGGACCAAGGCUGUCAUGACAUGUGGUGUCACCCACGACCCCAGCGUCACUAUCAGGUAUGUGUGGGAGAAGAGUGGCUCGGUGAUUGAUGUGAACACUUCGCCUCGCCUCCGGCUGGAUCCCGACGGGACCCUGCACAUCUCCCAGACGUGGUCGGGUGACAUCGGAACAUACAUCUGCAGGGUGACCUCAGUGGGUGGGAAUGACUCCCGCAGUGCCCACCUCCGAGUCAGGCAACUUCCCCAUGCUCCAGAAAAUCCAAUAGCAGUUCUGAGUACCUCAGAGAAAAGGGCCAUCAACCUCACAUGGGCACAGGCUUUUGAUGGCAACAGCCCUCUUAUCCGGUACAUCUUGGAAGUCUCAGAAAACAAUGCCCCUUGGACAGUGCUGCUGGCCAACAUUGAACCAGAGUCUACUGGGGUUACUGUUGGUGGCCUUAUCCCCGCCCGUUCCUACCAGUUCCGCCUGUGUGCUGUCAACGACGUGGGCAGAGGCCAGUUCAGCAAAGAGACUGACCGGCUAACUCUCCCUGAAGAGCCUCCCAGUGCUCCCCCUCAGACUGUCAUUGCAAGUGGCCGCACCAAUCAGUCUAUUAUGAUCCAGUGGCAACCACCACCGGAGAGCCAUCAGAAUGGUCCACUCCAGGGUUACAUCAUCAGGUACUGUCUGUCAGGGCUUCCAGUAGAUUGCCAGAUGAAAAACAUCACCAACCCAGACCAGACCAGCCUGCUCCUUGAGGACCUCAUCAUCUGGACCAACUAUGAAAUUGAGGUGGCAGCCUAUAAUGGAGCAGGCAGGGGCACCUAUAGCCACAAAGUUACUGAAUGGACACUGCAAGGAGUGCCCACUGUGCCACCAGGAAAUGUACAGACAGAGGCUGUCAACUCCACCACAGUGCGUUUUACCUGGAGUGCCCCAAGCCCUCAGUUUAUCAAUGGAAUCAACCAGGGAUACAAGCUGUUGGCAUGGGAAGCCAAUCGUGAAAAUGAGGUCACCGUGGUUACUGUGCGCCCCAACUUUCAGGACAGUGUUCACAUUGGUUACAUCACCAGCCUUAAAAGGUUCACAGAAUACUACUCAUCAGUAUUGUGCUUCACUACCCCGGGAGAUGGCCCACGGAGCCAGCCUCAGCGGUUACGCACCCAUGAGGAUACCCCUGGUGCUGUGGGACACCUUAGUUUCACUGACAUAUUGGACACCUCUCUAAAAGUCAGCUGGAAGGAGCCACAAGAGAAAAACGGUCUUCUCACAGGCUAUCGUAUCUCGUGGGAGGAGUUCAACAGGACCAAUACUCGGGUAACCCAUUAUUUGCCUAACCUGACUCAGGAGUACAAGGUGACAGGGCUCACUGCGCUCACCACCUACACCAUCCAGGUUGCAGCUAUGACUUCCAAAGGCCAGGGUCAGCUCUCUUCCUCCACUAUCUCCUCCGGUGUACCACCAGAGUUGCCCGGUCCUCCAACCAAUUUAGCCAUCUCCAAUAUUGGUCCUCGCUCUGUCACGCUGCAGUUCAAACCAGGUUAUGAUGGCAAGACAUCCAUUUCCCGUUGGCAGGUUGAAGCCCAGAUUGGUAUAAUCGGAGAGAAUGAAGAGUGGCUGAUGGUUCAUCAGCUGGCUAACGAGCCAGAUGCUAGAUCACUAGAAGUCCUGGACCUGAACCCCUAUACUUUCUACAGGUUCCGAAUGCGUCAAGUUAACAUUGUGGGUACCAGUCCUCCCAGUCAGCCUUCUAGGAAGAUCCAAACCCUGCAGGCCCCCCCAGACAUCUUCCCUGCCAAUGUCACUCUGCGCACAGCAAGUGAGACCAGCCUGUGGCUUCGCUGGGUGCCUCUUCCAGAGUGGGAAUACAAUGGGAAUCCAGAUCUCGUUGGCUACCGGGUCCAGUACUCUAAAGCAGGGUCUAAAGGUGGAGUGCUGUCACAUGUCAUCAUGGACCGGCUGGAGAGGGAGUUCACUAUCGAGGACCUGGAGGAGUGGAUGGAGUAUGAGGUCAGAGUUCAGGCCAUCAACGGUAUUGGCUCAGGGCCUUGGAGCCAGCCGGUCCAUGGCAGGACCAGGGAGUCUGUGCCCUCCAGCGGUCCCACCAACGUCUCAGCCUUCGCCACCACUUCCAGCAGCAUCUUGGUGCGCUGGGGGGAAGUCUCAGAGACCGAUCGCAAUGGACUCAUCCUGGGGUACAAGGUGGUGUAUAAAGAAAAGGAUUCAGACACAGCUCCCAAUUUCUGGACAGUGGAGGGCAACACCAGCCACAAUGUUCAGCUGAGUGGUCUGGGCAAGUACGUCCUGUAUGAGAUCCAGGUCCUGGCCUUCACACGUAUAGGAGAUGGAAGAAGCAGCUCACCACCGAUUCUCGAGAGGACCUUGGAUGAUGUCCCAGGCCCUCCAGUUGGAAUUCUGUUCCCCGAAGUCAGAACCACCUCAGUCCGGCUCAUCUGGCAACCUCCUGCACAACCAAAUGGCAUUAUCCUGGCCUAUCAGAUCACAUACAGAAGAAACUCCUCAAACAGUAAUGCCGCCACCGUAGACGUGCUUAGCCCCAGUGCAAGACAAUACACAGCAGCCAGCCUGAAACCUGAAAUGGUUUAUGUAUUCCGACUCACUGCUCAAACAAGAAAGGGUUGGGGUGAAGCUGCGGAAGCCUUGGUAGUCACAACUGAAAAGAGAGCCCGACCCCAACCAACGAGCCGUCCCCGAGUGCCUCAAGAGGAAGUCCAGGCUCGCAGGGUGCUGUUGUCAUGGGAACCAGGCAGUGAUGGCUUGUCCCCAGUCCGUUACUACACAGUCCAAUACAGAGAGCUUCCAGACAGCAACUGGACGGUCCACUCUGCAUCGGUCAGUCAUGAGACUCACUCUUACAUAGUGGACAGGUUAAAGCCCUUCACUUCUUACCAGUUUCGUAUUAAAGCCACCAAUGAUAUUGGAGACAGCGAAUACAGUCAAGAGAGUGAGGCCAUCACUACAUUACAGGAUGCCCCAGACAAAGCCCCAACAAUUCUGUCUGUUACACCUCACACCACCACAUCCGUACUAGUCCGCUGGCAGCCUCCAUCUGAGGAUCACAUAAAUGGAGUCCUCUUAGGGUUCAGGGUCAGGUACCGGGAAUUACAUUACGACCGGAUACGCAGUUUCACUGUCCGCACAGUUAAUAGUCCAUCUGCCAACUGGGCUGAUCUCACUGCGCCUUACAGCGUCAGGAACUUGAGUGAAUCCUCUCUCACCCAAUAUGAACUGGAUAAUUUGAGUAAACACAAACGCUACGAGAUCCGUCUCAGUGUGUACAACGCAGUGGGGGAGGGCCCUAGCAGUGCACCACAGGAGGUUUUUGUUGGAGAGGCCGUCCCAACAGCUCCACCCCAAAAUGUGGUGAUCCAGUCCUCAACAGCUACACAGUUGGAUGUCACAUGGGACCCUCCUCCUCUGGAUGCUCAGAAUGGGGACAUACAGGGUUACAAGAUCUAUUUCUGGGAGUUUCAGCUCCAGAAUGAGACGGAACGCUUGCGUACUCUGUUCCUGCCAGAGCUUGGGGUGAAGCUUAAAAACCUGACUGGUUAUACCACCUACAUGAUCAGUCUAGCAGCCUUCAAUGCUGCAGGGGAUGGACCCCGCUCCCUGGCCACCAGAGGGCGCACUCAGCAAGCAGCGCCCAGUGCUCCCACCUUCAUCCACUUCAGUGAGCUGACCACCACUUCGGUCAACGUGUCCUGGGGAGAGCCCAAGCAGGCCAAUGGCAUCAUUGAGGGCUACCGCCUGGUUUAUGAGCCCUGCACUCCCGUCGAUGACUCCUCUCCUCGCACUCCAGGUGUCAGUAAGAUAGUGACAGUAGAUGUGAAGGGCAGCGCUCCCCUAUGGAUGAAGAUUAAAGACCUGGCUGACGGUGUCACCUAUAACUACCGCAUUCGGGCCAAAACACUCACUUAUGGCCCUGAGGUGGAGGCCAAUAUUACCACUGGACCUGGGGAAGGAGCCCCAGGUCCUCCUGGAGAACCCUUUAUUUCUCGCUAUGGCGCUGCCCUCACGCUGCACUGGACCAAUGGUGAUCAAGGCCGUGCACCCAUCACACGAUACGUCAUUGAGGCCAGACCCUCUGAUGAAGGAUUGUGGGAUAUCCUGAUCAAAGACAUUCCUAAAGAAGUGACAUCUUACACACUUAACCUGGACAUGCUACGAGAAGGGGUCACCUACGACUUUCGAGUAAUUGCAGUCAACGACUAUGGAUACGGGUCUCCCAGUGCCCCCUCCCCUUCAAUAUCAGCCCAGAAAGUGUCACCGUUCUAUGAAGAGUGGUGGUUCCUGGUGGUGAUCGCUCUAGUGGGCCUCAUCUUCAUCCUUCUCCUCGUUUUCAUCCUCAUCAUCCGAGGCCAGAGUAAAAAAUACACCAAAAAAGCAGAUUCAGGCAACCACUCCAACUGCACAGCGCUGCCUCUGACCCACGGAGAGAUGGUGCGCCUGGACGAGGGACGCUUCCCAGCCCUGGAGCUUAACAACAGACGCCUCUCCGUGAAAAACUCCUUUUGCCGCAAGAACGGCAUCUACACACGGUCACCGCCAAGACCCAGUCCUGGAAGUCUCCACUACUCAGAUGAGGAUGUCAGCACUAAGUAUAAUGACCUGAUACCUGCAGAGAGCAGCAGUCUGACUGAAAAACCCUCUGAGAUAUCAGACUCUCAGGGCAGCGACAGCGAAUAUGAGAUGGAUCAAAGCAGGCAGAAGACCCACUCUUUUGUCAACCACUACAUCAGCGAUCCCACCUACUACAACUCCUGGCGGCGGCAGCAGAAGGGCGUCUCUCGUCCACCAGCAUACGGCUACUCCCAGCCCGAGCCCCUUGUGGAACAGGAGUCACGGCAGCACCCACCACCCGUGCCCCCUCUGCCCCCUCUCCUCCCUCAGAGUGCCCCAUCCCCACAGCCCCAGUGCCAGGGCCAGAGCACUCUGUUCAGGCCUAAGGGAAGCCGGACUCCCACGCCCUCCCUGCUGUCCUCCGAACCCCCGAGCCAGCACAGCACCCUCUACCGGCCCCCCAGCAGCCUGGGCUGUGCCGCUCAGGCACCUACCGCGGGCUUCUCCUCUUUCGUUUGA